GCGCACUGGGCUCGCUUCCAGGUGUCAGCUGCGCGCUGCAGAAAUUUCUGACUCUGACUACAAAGCGUGUUACGUAUCAUUCAGCGCAGUAUUCGGUUAGAAGAAAAUGUUACUGGAGGAAUUAAUUGAAGAAGUAAGGAAGUAUCCAUGUUUGUGGAACAAAGGGUUAGAAGAGUAUCGGAACCAGAACAUGCGGGAUAAUGCCUGGGACACGAUUUCUGGAGAACUGAAUACACCAGUGGAGGAUUUGAAAGUAGAUUGGAAGAAACUGCAAGACAGUCACAGACAAGCUAUGCUAAGAAGAAAGACAAAAAGUGGUCAGGGUGCUAGGAAAAUGAAACCUUGGAAGUACGAGGCGCUAAUGUCUUUCCUACUGUCUGACCUAACUCCACGGCAAACUGAAUCCAAUAUAGACGUAGUUGAGGAAACUGAGGAGCGUGAGGACGGCGUGGGACUCAUGUUGGAUGAGGAAGAAGAAGAACAAACAGAAUCAGCCUAUCAAAACAGAAGAGAGAGCGGAAGUAAAAACAGCAGGAAGUUUGGGAAAAGGUUCGACAAGGAACGCAAUUUUGACAAAGUAAUCUCAUUCAUGCAAGAGAAGGAAAGGGAUAGAAAACAACCAGGUGAGCUUGAGUAUUUCUUUGCCAGUGUGUGCGAAAGCACCAAGCGCCUUCCUCGUUGUUUUCAACUAAGGGUAAAGCAAGAAGUUAUGAAGACAAUUUUAAAUGCAGAAAUGGAGUGCUUGGGCGCUGAGUCAUCUAUUUUUUCAACCGAAUUAUACCGUCAAGCACAACCUUCUCCUGCUGCUAGUCAGUCUUCAUCUGAAGCUCGCAUUGCGACAAUGGGCUACAAUAAUCUACAAUAAUACAUUGAAGGCAAGCUUCAGACGCCAUACCAAGUAGAGUAUGAAACCUCAUGAUUGAAUCUGGAAGGGGUGCUGCACAAGGAAAUGGUGCUUUACCCCUGGGAUUAAGGUGGUUGUGGUCAACCAGUCAGCUGAUGCCUCACAGGAGACAUACAGAAUAAAUGUUCUUCCCCAGAGCAGACAUUUCAGCAUAAAAAGAGUUUACUGAACAAGGAUUGACCACUUGGCUUGCACAGAUGGUGAAUCAAGGAAACAGAGUUUAUCCUCAUAUCCUGUCUAACACAUAAACGUUCAUCUGCAGCACUCCUCAGUAAUCCUCUAGCUAGAAAUGUACUCUUGAAGGUAUUUUGGAGGUUAGAAGUUUAGACAGUUCAGGGGUUUGUUUACAUUUCUUGCAGUUAGCACUAGAUUCAUGUAUAUUAACUUGGCUCUGACCGUUGAUGCUGAUUGGCCACUGCAUCCACUUCUUCGGAAAUACAGCUACAUCUGCAGCCAAACUAUCAAAUCCCAGGCUCAAAGCUUGGGGCUGCCACAGUGCUGUGCUCUUGAAGGUUGUUGAAGUUUACUGGAACAAAAAAUACAGGGUUUUAUUUGCAUUUCCUACUGUAACGGCAAAUUGUGCAUUAAAUAUUAAUUUCAUGCAUCUUAACUUGGCCCCACCCCUUCAUGAUUGGUUAGUUUAUUCUAUUCCCAUUCCACAUGGACUUGAACCCAUGUUCUCAUGCAUACAAACCUUACCACUAAGCUAACGCUUGUCAUGCUGGAUCAUUCAUCCAUUGCUUGUCAUGACUGCUGUAUUCAGUACAGGUUAAACAGUUCGGUACAUCCAGUCUUGAGCUUUAUACAAACCAUUCAUAUCAAGUCAUGUAACACGACUGGCCCUGUAGUGAUUUAUUCUACGUUUAUUCUGAUCAUAAAGUGGACUCUUCAAGCAGUCAGGCUCUGAGGUUAUUUGUAAAUUCACUGCACAUAUAAUUUUAUAGGCAAAUUCAACCAGUAGAUGUGUGGGUCUCAGGGAUGGGGCAGCGAGCUUACCUUCUGAAGGUUCCAUGUUCAUGUCCGCAGGGAAUGCGACUGCAACUUUUUAUGCGUCCAAGUGAAAGCAUUUUUACUUACCUCCAUAAACACAACCAACAUGUAUUCUUUCAACAUGCUACUGAACUUUAAUGUUUUGGUGUUCUGAAAUAUUCUAGAUAGGUUUUAAAAAAGGACAAGAAUUUCCAGAAUUUACUCCCAAUCCAACUAUUUUUUUUUAAUGUUGUUCAUCCAACACAUUAAAAUUCUUAAAUAUUUUAAAAUUAUUUGUUAACUGUAUUUACAAUGUGACUCUUCUGGCAGAUGCUGUUUUGUAUGUUCUCAAAUACUUCAUUUUAUUUGCACCCUGUACAUAUUCUGAGUGCAGUGCUGCACUAAGCACAGGGACAACUUUAUUUGUUUUCAUUUCUUUAUUGGUUGUAUUAAAGCCAUCAGCACUCAGUUGGGGUCAUUCAAUUCCAGUCAUUCUUGACACCAUGCUGUAAAGCAGAAAUAUGUAUCGGCAAGGAUGAAGGCUGAACUAGUUGACUGCAUUGUCAUAGAUGCAUACAGUCUCAGGUGACCUCACACUCUGUUCAGGACAUUAAUGUUCUGCCCAUAUUGAUCUGCAUUUUCCUGUGACAACGCAAGGCUUGUAGCGGAUCAAUCUC